GGGCCGCCAUCUUAGAUGGCGGGAGUAAGAGGAGAACGAACCUGAGGCGGGAAGGCUUGUCCACCGCUCUCCCCGUGCCCGAAAAGGGCCAGCUAGCCGGGCUUUGGGGCGUGUGCCCUGAGGCGCGGAGCGCGACUGCGAUGAUGAGGGGGCUGCCCGGGGCCCCGUCCCCUGGGCUGGGGACGCGCCGAAUGUGACCGCCUCCCUUUCCCUCACCCGCCGCGGGGAGGAGGGGCGGACGAGACGCCGCUGCCGGACGACAGGACACGGGGGCGGCCCGGCUCCCUUAGGUUUAAGUAUUGUUUAAGCUGCAUCAAUGGAGCACAUACAGGGGGCUUGGAAGACGAUCAGCAAUGGUUUCGGAUUCAAAGACGCAGUGUUUGAUGGCUCCAGCUGCAUCUCCCCUACGAUAGUUCAGCAGUUUGGCUAUCAGCGCCGGGCGUCAGAUGAUGGCAAACUCACAGAUUCUUCUAAGACAAGCAACACUAUCCGUGUUUUCUUGCCGAACAAGCAAAGAACAGUGGUCAAUGUGCGAAAUGGAAUGAGCUUACAUGACUGCCUUAUGAAAGCACUCAAGGUGAGGGGCCUGCAACCAGAGUGCUGUGCAGUGUUCAGACUUCUCCACGAACACAAAGGUAAAAAAGCACGUUUAGAUUGGAAUACUGAUGCUGCCUCUUUGAUUGGAGAAGAACUUCAAGUAGAUUUUCUGGAUCAUGUUCCCCUCACAACACACAACUUUGCUCGGAAGACGUUCUUGAAGCUUGCCUUCUGUGACAUCUGUCAAAAGUUUCUGCUAAAUGGAUUUCGAUGUCAGACUUGUGGCUACAAAUUUCAUGAGCACUGUAGCACCAAAGUACCUACUAUGUGUGUGGACUGGAGUAAUAUCAGACAACUCCUAUUGUUUCCAAAUUCAACUAUUGGUGAUAGUGGAGUCCCAGCACUACCUUCUUUGACAGUGCGUCGGAUGCGAGAGUCUGUUUCCCGAAUGCCUGUUAGUUCCCAGCACAGAUAUUCCACACCCCAUGCCUUCACGUUCAACACCUCCAGCCCUUCCUCCGAAGGUUCCCUCUCCCAGAGGCAGAGGUCGACUUCUACACCUAAUGUCCACAUGGUCAGCACCACCCUGCCUGUGGACAGCAGGAUGAUUGAGGAUGCAAUUCGAAGUCACAGUGAAUCAGCCUCACCUUCAGCCCUGUCCAGCAGCCCCAACAAUCUGAGCCCAACAGGCUGGUCACAGCCCAAAACCCCUGUGCCAGCACAAAGAGAACGGGCACCAGGAUCCGGGACCCAGGAGAAAAACAAAAUUAGGCCUCGUGGACAGAGAGAUUCAAGCUAUUACUGGGAAAUAGAAGCCAGUGAAGUGAUGCUGUCCACUCGGAUUGGGUCAGGCUCCUUUGGAACUGUUUAUAAGGGCAAGUGGCAUGGAGAUGUUGCAGUAAAGAUUCUAAAGGUUGUCGACCCAACUCCAGAGCAGUUCCAGGCCUUCAGGAAUGAGGUGGCUGUCCUGCGCAAAACACGGCACGUGAACAUCCUGCUCUUUAUGGGGUACAUGACAAAAGACAACCUGGCGAUUGUGACCCAGUGGUGCGAGGGCAGCAGCCUCUACAAACACCUGCAUGUCCAGGAGACCAAGUUUCAGAUGUUCCAGUUAAUUGACAUUGCCCGGCAGACGGCUCAGGGAAUGGACUAUUUACAUGCAAAGAACAUCAUCCACAGAGACAUGAAAUCCAACAAUAUAUUUCUCCAUGAAGGCCUCACAGUGAAAAUUGGAGAUUUUGGUUUGGCAACAGUAAAGUCACGCUGGAGUGGUUCUCAGCAGGUUGAACAACCCACUGGCUCUGUCCUGUGGAUGGCCCCAGAGGUGAUCCGAAUGCAGGAUAACAACCCAUUCAGCUUCCAGUCUGAUGUCUACUCCUAUGGCAUUGUACUAUACGAGCUGAUGACGGGGGAGCUUCCUUAUUCCCACAUCAACAACCGAGAUCAGAUCAUCUUUAUGGUGGGUCGAGGGUAUGCCUCCCCAGAUCUUAGUAAGCUAUACAAGAAUUGUCCCAAGGCAAUGAAGAGGCUGGUAGCUGACUGUGUGAAAAAAGUUAAGGAGGAGAGGCCUCUUUUUCCCCAGAUCCUGUCUUCCAUUGAGCUGCUCCAACAUUCUCUACCGAAAAUCAACCGGAGUGCUUCUGAGCCAUCCCUGCACCGGGCGGCCCACAGUGAGGAUAUCAAUGCUUGCACGCUGACCACAUCCCCAAGACUGCCUGUCUUCUAGCUUUGUGCCUGCACUCAGGCCACCAGGGGAGGAAGGGAAGUCAACAGGCACCACUUUUCUGCUCCCUUUCCACAGGGGCAGAGCGCAUGUUUUCAGAGAAGCUGCUGCUAAGGACCUUCCAGACUAUGCACAGGCCUUAACCUCAUGUUGCCUUCUUUUUUACCCCUUCUGGCCCUGGGAGCAGGAAGCCAUUCAUGAGGCUGCUCUGGCCUCCCUUCGGCCCAUGCUCAGGAGCCCAGCCUUCUCUGGGUGCACAAGUGGAUGCCGAUGGCAAUACAAAAGGGGGGGGGGGCCUGGUUGUUAGCUAAAGGAGUGUUAUUAGGGGAAGUAACGGUAGCAGGCAGUCCAGCCCUGAUGUGGGGAUACAUGGACUUUGGAAAUCACCUUCUGUCAAUAAGGAAUGCAUAUCACAGGAGGGACUUUUCUUCAGAGAUGGUGCAGCACCAGUUUUGCACAUAACGCACCAAAACAGCCCGGGACUGCCGAGAGCCAGCCGCCCACGGGAGCCUGCUUUAGUACUAUGGA